AAAGUUACCGCCCUGAGAGACUGAAGAUACAGAGAAACCUUUCGGGAGAACUAGAUCUGUCCUGGUGGUUGUUUUAUUAAAGAUACGAUGCCUGUGCGGAUUGUCAUGCAGGGUCCUGGACCGUGGGGAUUCAGACUGGUCGGGGGUAAAGACUUCGAACAGCCUCUGACUAUUUCACGGGUAACCCCAGGAAGUAAAGCAGCCCAGGCCAACCUCUGUAUUGGUGACAGUCUUGUUGCUAUUGAUGGAGAGCCGACAGAGGGAAUGACUCACCUGGAAGCCCAGAAUAAGAUCAAGGGUUGCAUUGAGGAAAUGGUGCUCUCUAUAGACAGAUCCGAAUCAAGAAUGUGGUCUCCCCUUGUUUCUGAUGAUGGGAAGACGCAUCCAUACAAGAUGAAUCUGGCAUCGGAAUCACAGGAAGUGAAGCACAUUGGUUCUGCUCACAACAGGAGUGCUCUCCCGUUCAGUUCUCCAGGACCCGUGGUGGUUACAAGCCAGUAUAAUAAUCCAGCCAGCUUGUACUCUUCUGAUAACAUCAAGAACUUUAACAGUGCUGUUGGUGGUGCCAAGACCACUGUGACCAACGAAUCAAGUAAUAAUCCAGAUCUCUCCAAGCCUGUCCAGAAUAAACCAUUAAUUGCUGUUGACUCAGAGGUGUAUAAAAUGCUGAAUGAGAACCAAGAGUCGAAUGAGCCUCCACGCCAAUCUGCAUCAUUCAAAGUCCUGCAGGAGAUCCUUGAGACUGGUGAUCCUGACAAACCAUCUGGGUUUCGAAGUGUGAAAGCUCCCACUACAAAAAUUGCUUCUUCUGUGGGUUUUACUGAGAAGCUCCACGUCUGUGACAAAUGUGGCUCAGGGAUUGUGGGAAUGUUUGUCAAACUGCGAGAUAAGUUCCGGCACCCUGAGUGCUACGUCUGCACCGACUGUGGAAUAAACCUGAAACAGAAAGGACACUUUUUUGUCGAGGACAAGAUUUACUGUGAGAAACACGCACGUGAAAGAGUCACACCUCCCGAGGGUUAUGAUGUCGUCACAGUCUUCCCAAAGUAGACGCUUUCCCAGCGAUGCCUAAAAACUGCACAUUGCCCUGUUUUCAGGAAUUCUGUGCAAAUUUGUAAACACUUCCGGCAGUUUUUUUUUUUCCAACUGGGUUUUGUCAGUAUUUGAAAAAGUGAACGGUUACAGCUACUCAAGUUAAUACUCUAGAUGAAUGUUCAUCGUAUCAAGGAGAAUAUCUUCAUGAAGUGUUUAAAUAUAAAACAUUCCAGUUUCUUAGACAUUCCAUGUUGAGGCAGUGGAAGAAGUGCAUUGGUGCUUUUAAUUCUGUCCAAAAAUGCUUAUAUUAAAAAGGACAAGGUGCCAAGAAUUUUGCACUUGCAGGAAAGUAUGAAUCUAUUACAGUGGUAAACUGAUGUUUCUGGCACAUUUACUGUAACUCUAAAAUGUUUAACUUUAGGGACCAAUAAUUUCAUAUUCCUGGAAAAGUGAAAAAUCUCAGUGCUUCAGCUUUCUCUGGAAACUACAUAUGAGUAAUAAUAGCAUAUGAUUUCAUAAUCUCAAAUUUGGACUGUUUAUUUUUAUGUAAAGUAUCAUGUUCUUGUUUUCAAUCUCUUUUCUGCAACCAUCAGUGUAAUAAAUGUGAGUGAAUUGAAUAAAUUCUUUUAAUGCCAAUCUA